GUCAUGCUUUUAACAAGACGUAGGGUCCUGGUUGUGCAGUUCCUGGUUCAUUGGACUUCGCAUCCGCACAUGUCGCGUUGUGGGUGACAGCUUAGCUUUGUCGGGUCGCUAGGCCGCAAAAGGAGAGUACAAACUUGACCGCGCGGCAACUACACUGGAGCGUAAAGCGGCGUCCUGGACGAGGCCUGGGCCCCGACUGAGUCCACAACUCCACGCAGCCACGCCUUCCUACCCGAUCUCCCCAGCCAUGGCUUCGGCUUCUGCCAAGCCUAUCGCCACCGCCCCGCCACUAGAUGACACAUCCAACACGGAUUCGGCUGGUUUCAACUCGCUGCCUGUCGAGAUCCUCGAGCGGGUGGCGGGGUCGCUGCCUGACAACGACGUGGCUGACGGUCUGCGCCUGACCUGCCGCGCCGCGGCCCGCGCCCUGGUCGCGCCCCGCUUCCGCCGCCUGCACCUCUCAAAGCCCGUGUCCAACACGACCUUCAGGCUUCACUGGGGCGACGCAGUCACACCCGGCGCGGCCCGCUCGCUGUCGCUCUCCAAGCGCCGCGAGCUGCUGCGCCUGGUGGCGGGCUCGGGCGUCCUGGCUAACCUGCAGGCCGCGCUGGCCGCUGCCGAUUGCCGCCCGCCAGCAGACCUGCUUAAGGACGGCAGCGCCAGCAGCGCCGAGGUGUGCAGUUGGGUGGAUGCCAACUUGCAGCAGUGCAGCGCCCUCGCUACCAUGAAAGCCGCUGCCGCAGGCGGCUGCCUGUCGCUGCUGCAGGCGGCGGCGGCCGAGGCCGUGGCGGGCCGGCGGAGCGCGCUGUGCGCCGAGCAGUUGGCAUGUGCGGCGGCGCGGCAUGGACAGCAACAUGUGCUAGAGUGGGUGCUGGAGGCUGUGCACACAAGCUCCGAGCAAAAGAGCGCCGCGGGAAAGGAAGAGGGCAAGGGCAAGGCCAGCGCCGGCACCGGCACGGGCCUGACUUUCAUCAUGCGCAUGUGGCACCUGCACACCCUCGCCGGCACUGCGCUGCGGUACGGCCACCUGCGGCUGGCGGCGUGGAUCCUGGAGGUGUACGGCCGACGCCUGCUGCAGCACGACCAGCGGUGGCGUGACAGCUACCGGAACGGGGAGGAGGUGGUCGAGCCGCCGCCUCUCGAGGAGGAGCAUGACCAGGAGGACACCGCGGCGGCCACAGGCACGCAUGCCGGCGCCGCCGGCGCGUCCACCUCCUCCACGCCGCCGUUGCAGGAGCCCCACGGCUUCCCGCCGCCGCCGCGGCUGGCACACGCGCCACAGCUCGCCCGGGCCGAGUCGGGCCUAGGCCCCAGCCUGAUGAUCUCUGCGUCGGCGGGCGCGCCGCUGGCGUGGAUGCUCGCGCUGCACGCGGCGUUCUUCCCCCGGAGCAACCAUGACGGCUGCUGCAACGCCUACACCUCCAGCUGGAUCCGGAUCAGCAUUGAGACGGCUGCGGGCAGCCAGCACCCGGAGUGGCGGGAGAAGGUGGACUGGCUCAUGUCUCUAGACGGCGGGCCCAACUUCCCGUCCGCAGCCUUCGACAGCGUCUGCAUCGUCGCCGCCUCCGUGCCGGGGCCGCCCGGCGCCGGCGCGGAGCGCGUGUGCUGGCUGCUCCGCCGCGGCGCCCACAUCCCGCUGUCGCUGCGGCCUCAUGCCGUUCACGGCGCGGCCAAGCUGGGUGACCUGACCUCCUUCGCCGCGCUGCUGGAGAUGCAGCGGGAGCAGGGGCCGGACAAGGGAGACGGCGGGACGCAACAGUGGGGCCGCGGGCGCCUGUAUGACAACAACGUAGCGGAACGCCUGCUGGUGCUCUCGGCGCUGGGCUUCACACCGGGGCUGAAGUUGGUGGUGGAGCAGAUGGGGCUCGCGGCGGCGGCGGCCGUGCCCUCUCCAACCGACGGAGGAGGUCGUCGAGGCGGAGGAGGUGAUGGCGAGGACGGAGGCGUGGAGUUGGUGACCAGGCCUCAGCCGUGGGCGUGGGUGCCUGAGGCCGCCAAACGGGCGGCGCUGGCCGGACACCUGACUACCCUGGCCUACCUGACAGAGCUGGUGCAGCUGCAGCCGCCAAUUGCGGCAGCGGCUGUAGCGACUGUAGCAGAGGCAGCUGCACCUGCAGCAGAGGCGGCGGCGGAGGCGGGGGCGGGGGCAGGCACCGCCGUGCCAGGCGUCAACACAGGCACUGAAGGAGCCGUGAGUGCGGGCGCAGUUGCAAUCCAGCCGGAGGCGGCCACGGCCGCCACGGCCGCGGCUGUGGCCGCCACCACGGCGGAUGGCCCCGGCACUGCUGCUGCUGUUGCUGCUGCGGCUGCUGCCUGCAGCCACCAGCUUGCUGCAGCAAACAGUGCCGAAGGCGAGGCCGCGCGUGAGCGGCUGGCUGAGCUGCUGUCUCCGCGCCUGAUGGCGGCGGCGGCCUUUGGCGGCGCCACAGAUGUGAUGCGCUGGCUGCACGAGCGCGGUUGCGAGGCGGACGCGCGGUCGUGGCUGCUGGCUGCGCGCGGCGGCUGCUGCGAGGCGAUGGAGCUUCUGGCGGAGUGGCGCUGCCCGCGGCCGAGGCACAGCGGCCAGCGCCACGAGGUGGUGGCCCAGGCGGUGGCGCAGGGCGACCUCAUGGGGCUCCGCUGCCUGCAGCGCCUGGGCUGGGACGUGGCGGCGGGGCUCAAGCCGCUGCCCAAGCACGCGCGCCGCGCCCUGGCUGGCAGCUGCCACGUGGACGUGGACGCAGACCCCAAUGAGCACUUCCCGGAACUGCGGCAGUGGCUCAAGGCACAGCGGUGGGGCGGGCUGAGGGCGCUGAUCGGGCUCGGAGGAGGAGUCCGUGGCGGCGGUGGCGGCGGUGGCGGCGCAGGGAAGGAGCCGACGACAGGGCAGACCAGCGCCGGCGGGUUCGGGGGAUCUGACAGUCGCGGCGGCUUCUGGCGGGGGCUGAAACGCCUGCUGCACAAGAAGUAGAAUGCAGAUGCCCUGACAUCGCUUCUGUGAGAGGUUGUGCUGGUGCCGACUAGCGUAUGU